CUGGAAAUGGAGGACGAGGAAGGUUACACCGCUUUAAAUUUACGACCCUCAGCUUCAGUUGUUAACUCUGGACAUUUGAGCAGCAACAAAUGUUCUACGUUUAAGGCUCCAGCCUCAAAUGUUACAGUAGACCGAGCCUCUGCCUCAUCUUCCAGAUGGCAGCUGGUGGCCUUUGCUUUCCUUGUGUUGUGCCUGCUGCUGCUCAUGGGUCUGGUAGCCCUUCUGGCCCUGUUUUUUCAGGUUUCCAAGGAUCCUGAGGAAGGAAAGAAGCUGCAGGAAAUGAGGGAAGCAUUGUGUUUUGAAGGGAAGGAGAAAAAUGAAACAAAAUGUGCUCUGUGUCCAGCAAGCUGGCAAAACAGUGGAGAUGACAACUGCUUCUACGUUUCAAAGCAGAAGAAAACGUGGAAGCAGAGCCAGAAGUUCUGUUCCUCGCGAAACUCCUCUCUUCUUGUGCUAAAAGACACAGCAAAGAUGAACCUUCACAGCUGGAAGAUACAGGAACUUCAGUCUUAUUUUUGAAAUAUGGUUGUGAUUAUUUUCCCAUACCUACAGGUUUUUCUGCC